AUGGGCCGCGCGUCACCCCCCCAGCACGUGGCGGAGCAGCCUUUGCCCGUCACGCGUGCAGCUGAGGCGGUGCAGGCUGUCCGCGGCGCGCUCCGGGACCGUGCGACCGCGUCCAGCGUGGCCGGGGGCAUCGCGGGCAUCGGGUCCACCCUCGCCACCAUCCCCCUGGACGUGAUCAAAACCCGCCUGCAAGUGCAAGACGGCGCCGGGCCGGUGCAGUACCGCACCUUCUUCGACGCCGUGCGCUCCAUCGUGCGCACCGAGGGCGCCCGCGCCCUGUACGCCGGCCUGGGCACCACCGUCGUGUCCAACGGGCUCGCCAACGCCAUCUACUUUGGAUGCUACAGCCGCGCGCGGCAGCGGUACCAGCGCAUGCAGAGCGCGUCCGGGCGCUCCGCGACCGCCGAGACGCGCCUCGGGCCGGCUGCGCAGCUCGCCGCGGGCGUCGAGGCCGGCGUAAUCGUGCAAGCGCUGCUCAACCCUCUGUGGGUGGUGAAGACGCGAUUGUACCUGCAGAACCGCCGGGGUGCCGCGGGACGCGUGGAGCCCUACCGCAACAUGGUGCACGCGCUUGGUUCGAUCGCGCGCGAGGAGGGGCUGAGGGGGUUGUAUCGGGGAUUCUGGCCGAGUUUGUUGCUGGUCUCGCAUGGGGCGUUGCAGUUCUUCGCGUACGAGGAGAUCUCGCACGCGCUCGCGAAAACCAAGGUCCUGCGCCCGCGCGAGGAGCGCGGCAAGGCCACGGUCGUCAACCAGGGGCGUCCGAAGCUCACUCCCUGGGAGGUAUCCACGGCGGCAACGACAUCGAAGAUCAUCGCAGGCGUCGCGACGUACCCGUUGCAAGUAAUGAGGUCCCGGCUGCAGCAGCGCGUGGAGGUGGUGGCGUCGGCGGACGUGAGGGCGGCCGCGGAGCAGCGGCAGUCGGCGUGGUACGCGGACCUGCGGUCGGCGGUGCGAACGACGUGGCGCCGCGAGGGGGUGCGGGGUUUCUAUCGGGGGGUGUUGCCGCACGUGGCGAAGAGCAUCCCGCAGGCGGUGGUCACGUGGGUGCUGUUCGAGGCCGUGCACGGCAAGCUGGUGGAGCUGAGCAGAGAAGGGCAGCAGUCUUGA